AUGUCCCUCUACUUUGAUGCGGUUGCUAUCUUGACUGCACCCUCCUCAGGGGGCUCAUUCAAGUCCCGGGUUUACAGCGCUCGGGACCUGCGCGCAUCUCCAGCGCAGAUCUAUGCGUUGAUCACGGAGGCUGCUAAAUGGGACACGGUGCUGGCAGAAGUCAUUGACAAGUCAGGCAUUCUCGCCCUGGAGCGCAAGCUCUCUCCACUUCUUGCUCUUCUCCUCGUUCAUGAUCACCUACUCGCGAAAAAGGGCAUUGCCGCACCAGCAACCCACACACUGCGCCAGACAGUGGAGCGUCACAAGGCCAGGCUAAGGGCUGAGUUCACCAAGGCCCGUGUCCGUCGUGGGUGUGCCACUAUCGAGCAAUUCAAGUCUGUCGUCAUACGUGAGAAACGACUGGCUGAUGGAACCAGCCACUUCGUGUACCCGCGCUGGGUGCGCAUCAAUAAUAUCCGCACUACACUUGAAGAGCAGAUGAGCACUACGUUCAAGUCUUACCGUCGGGUAGACACUCUUGCAGAAUUGGCCCCAGAAGACGAGCUGGAAAGCCGAAAGCCAGAGCCUCGAUUGUUCAUCGAUGCCAACAUUCCAGAUUUGGUGGCGGUACCUUUCGGCGCAGACUUCACUGCCUCAUCUGCCUACAAAACCGGAGAAAUCAUUCUCCAGGACAAGGCGUCCUGCUUUCCGGCAUAUCUCCUAACGCUGCAGAAAAUGGUUAGUCUGGCCGGGGCUGACUCGGUCACUGUGCUGCAGGGUCAGGAUUUCCUUGCGCUUGACCCGGAAGAUGAACAGUUUGAGAAAGUUACUGGGUUGUUGUUGGAUCCCAGUUGUUCUGGUAGCGGAAUCAUCGGCCGUGACGAUGUCCCUCAGUUCACACUCCCUGCUGCGGCAGCAUACAAGGCGCCCAAGUCACAUGGAAAGAAAAGGAAACGCCCAGGCAACGAAGACGAAGCAGAUGGUGAACAGUCGAAAGCCACCAUGGGAACUCCGCAGGCAGCGCCCAUAGAUGAAAAUGAUAUCCCAGAUGGGACAAUCGACUCAGAGCGACUGACCAAACUAUCAAGCAUCCAAGCGCGGAUCGUUGAACACGCUCUGCGUUUCUCGAAUGCUACCCGUGUGACGUACAGUACUUGUUCUAUUCACUUAAUUGAGAAUGAGGGUGUCGUGGCUCGCAUUCUGAAUUCUCAGGUCGCCAAAGAGCGCGGCUGGCGCCUCCUGCGGCGCGAUGAGCAGCCUGAUGGCUUGCGUCGAUGGAAGAAACGAGGUGUCCGAGAGGAGCGGCCAGCUGAAGGAGAGACAGGGCCAUCGGGCACGGUAGAUCUCUCUGACGAGGCACUAGAAGCGUGCAUCAGAUCCUGGCAAGGCGACGCAGAAGGCCUCGGAGGAUUCUUCGUAGCUGGAUUCAUUCGUGACCCUGGUCACGCUAUCGCGGCUGUUCCGGCGAAGGGAAGUGGACACGACAAGCACGGUGAGAGCGAUGAAGAGGAAAAAGAGGAAAAAGAUGAAGACGAUGAAGACGAUGAAGACGAUGAAGACGAAGACGAUGAAGACGAUGAAGACGAUGAAGAAUGGGGAGGAUUCUCCGAUUAG